CAGUUUCUUGCACAUCCUGAGCACACUACUCCAUGGACAAGAUGUCAUCAGCAGGUUUGAACGCUGGGAAGAAAAAUGCAUACAGAGCAAUCAAAGUAGAUCCUGAUGAGGAUUACUGUACCCCAGGUGCCUUUGAAUUGGAGCGACUCUUCUGGAAAGGAUGCCCGAAGUACACGCAUGUGAAUGAAGUCUGGCCAAACCUCUACAUAGGAGAUGAGAAAACUGCGUUAGAUCGCUACAGCCUUGAGAAGGCAGGCUUCACCCACAUCCUCAAUGCAGCCCAUGGUCAGCGGAACGUGGACACAGGACCAGAAUAUUAUCAUGACAUGACUGUGGAAUACCAUGGAGUGGAAGCAGAUGAUCUCCCCACUUUCAAGCUCAGCCAGUUCUUUUAUUCAGCUUCUAAAUUCAUUGAUAAUGCGCUUCAGGAUGAAAGAAACAAGGUUCUGGUUCACUGUGCUAUGGGUCGCAGCCGGUCAGCCACAUUGGUCUUGGCUUACCUGAUGAUUUACAAGAACAUGACAGUGGUGGAUGCCAUUGAACAAGUAUCAAGACACCGAUGCAUCUUGCCAAACCGGGGCUUCUUGAAGCAGCUGAGAGAACUGGACAUAGCGUUGGCACUGCAGAGGAGGAACACCAAAAACAGCCUACCACCUGAUGAUGAGAACAGCACCACGAUCUAGCAUUGUUCCUGGCAGGGUCGCGCUACUGGAAGAGAAACUCCAUAAAAGGA